AUGCAGAGUUCUAUUAAGAUUGUGGAUGGAAAGACAACGAUCAACCUACAGGUCGAUAGUUCCGAAACCAUCGACCUCAAAAUCAACGAAGACCUUCGUCAUGGCAAAGUCACGCAGAUAUCUAAAAAGACUGUAGAUGGAAAGACGACUAUUAACUUAUUGGUGGAUAGCUUCACAACCAUCGACCUCAAGAUCGGUGAAGACCAGAUCCGUCGAGAUCCUCAACCGGACGUUCGUCAUAGUGAAGUCAUAUGGAUUUUCAUUAAGACUUUGACAGGAAAGUUCAUCCCCGUAGAGGUCGACAUCUUAGACACUAUCCAAAACGUUAAGGUGAAGAUUCAAGAUAAAGAGGGCAUCUUGUCGGAGAAGCAAGAGCUGCUUUUUGGAAGCAAGCAGCUCGAAGAUGAUCUCACCGUAGGCGACUACGACAUCCAUAAGGACUCGACCAUUCACUUGGUACAGCGUCUCUAA